CGCAGAGAUAUGCGCGCAUCAUUAAACUAGGUAAUAUCAUAGCAUCACUUUGAUAUCAUAACCAAUCAAAAGCUUCAAAAAUCCUCCAAACGAUAGAACGUAAAACGAUAAAGAAAAGAUGGCGACGGCUGUAUUGGGCGUUGUGGUUGCAUCUUAGAAAGGUAUUUUUAGUCAUUUUGUACUUGACAUACUUCCCAUUUUAGAAAUCAUCCCCUUUCUUAGCCAUGGGAAAUAUUAAAAAACCCAAAUUUAUUUAAGUUCUUAGAGACCAUGCACUUGGGAAUACGUAUUUGCUUUUGCCUCCGUCUCCUAAAAAACCUGUGCAAAUUCGCAUGCGUUAACGAAAAAGCUCGUGAGCUUUUUUCCCUGUAUCGAAAAAAGCAAGUCUGAAGUGCUGAGCACGGCGUGCGAAGCAGAAUCUUCUAGUUUUUUUGCUUUUUUAUUACUUAACUGAUACAAAAAACCGGUUAGUAUGAAAAAUACUAUGUUACUAUACUAAUUGGUUUACGGCUUACUAAAACAGGGCUUUGCAUGGAGCCAUACUAACCGGUUUGGGAAGCCAUUAAGUGCACAGACCUCGCAAGCUCGGUCUGAACUUUUGACCUCAGGCUUUGUAUUUUACAGCACAACAUCAAAAGCGGUCAAUUAAAUCUUAAAAUUUGAAAGAUCAUGCUUUUUGUUUGCCGUUUGAAGAAAUGUUCUCAUGAGGAAAUUUCAUUAAAACUGAGUGGAUGUUAAGUGCUCGAUUUUAAAUGUUGGAUUAUGAAUCAAAUAAAAUGUUUCAAUCUCUUUUUUUUGAAAAACAAUGACAAAAACUGUUUUUGUGUAUAGUGAAAGUUUUAAAUGUAAAAGUAUUUUUUAUAAUUGUUGACCCAACAAAUAUGGUUUUAAUGGUUCAAGAUGGAGGUAAUAAACUAAACGAUGCUAAAAUAAAAGGUACAAAAUAUGUUCUUGCAUACAAUGGAGUAUGUGGACUGGUGGCUAUAUCAACCUCUGUGGCUGUAUCUAUUAUAAAAAUUGUGUUAGGUCUUCUUCACAUCCACGAUUGUCCGAUGGAGCCUUUGAUACCUGUGUACAUGAUCCUAACAGGUACCAUAUCCAUGCUGAUGGUAGUAACAUCCGUUUGUUUAUAUACUGCCUCGACCAAUCAAAAAUUUACGUUAAUUGUUAUUAUUCUCCUACUGACAGUGAGUCAAGCAAUUUUGCUUGUUUGGAAUGUUAUUGGAAGUUGUUGGGUUUUUAAAAAAGAAAAGGGGUGGGAAGCCAUAUCGGGAGUUAAAGAGAUCGCUUGUGAUAUGUCAACAUAUUUAUGCGCACUGGUGUUGCAGAUAAUCUAUUGGAUAUGUUUUCCAUGUUUUUUAGCCGACAACAUAAGGACUGUUAGAGUUUUGCAUUCAAAAGCUUUGAUGGAUGUUUAA